AUGGAAAUUACUGUUUAAAAAGAUACUCCAAUUGAAGUUACUGACUCUUAAUUUGAAAAGAAACUUAACUAUGAUUCUAUUAAGCGUCAAUUAUGUUCAUAAUAACUCAAAUAAAGAGAAGUAAUCUCAUUAGCAUAAGAAAAGUUUCAUGAGAUUGAACAAAAAGUUCAGUAAGAUUAACAAGAUGAAAAAGAUGAACAAAAAGACUGUAAAAUAUAGUUGUUUAGAAAUUUAUUCUCAUCAAUGGAUAAUAGUAUGAAUACUAAAAACAUAUUGAGAGGGAAAUUCAACUUGAAGAUUAAUAGGAGACUUAAUUAAUAGCAACUGAUAGAAGAUUUUGCUUAAGAACCAAUCAUAUUUCAUCUGCAUAAAAAUGGGAAAUUUAUUUAGAAACUAGAGAGGGAAUUAGCCCCAAAAUAAUAACAAGAUCCUGACACCACAGAAAUCAGAGUGGAAAAAAUAAAGAAAAAGAUUGAAGAUGAGAAAUAACGAAAGAAGUAAGUGCUACUAGAGCAAUAGCAGCUUCAACAACAAAUUAUGCAAAACUUGCAUCAUUUUCACGGAAAUUCAAGAUAACAGCAAAUUCUCUAAUAGUAAAUGUUUAUGACAAUGAAUAGCAACAAUAACAAUACUAAGAGUCAAGGUUAAUUUUUUACCUCGAGAAAAAAGACACAAAGUAAAACUUUUAAUCGUAAGCCAUUGUACCCUGCUACUUAAUUGUUUAAGUUUAGCAAUUUCAAUACUGUUUAAUAAUCAAGACAGUAAUCUAGGAUGCAAUCAAGAGAGAGAAGUCCCAUUCAAUCUCCUGAAAUAAACUUUUAUAGUCAUAGAGCUACUAACAUCAGAUAUUAAAAUGAUGAAACUGAAGCUGAUUCUAAACUCCAUCCAGAUGCAGUUCCAUUAAGAUCUUCUUAUUAAGACUAGCUAGAAAAAAUAAUUAAAAAAUGCAAUUAAAAUACUGAUAGAGGUGAAUCUCCUUGUGACCCUCUUGGAAAUAAUAUUGAUAAAAAUGCCUCUACUAAGCAUAUAAUUCAUAAAGUUGAUUCUGAGAUUGAAGUACUAAGGAAAAGAGCAGAGGAAAUAAAUUGGUUAGUAUAAGUUAAUAAGGAGCUUAGAGUAUUUAGGCCAUAGGUUAUUAAAACGAUGUUUGCAAUGAAAGAAGAUGAUUUAAUAUAAAAAGAGGAGGAUAUUGAUAUGGUUAGAAGAGAACACAUUGAAUAAAAGAUGAAUCCAAACAGAUAUGCUGCAUAGUUAGAAAAGAUAUCAAGAUCCAAACAUAGCAAGAAAAAAUUCUGA